UUCAGAUUUUAGAGCAAAAAGUCUCUAAACCCAAAGCCUCCACUCAAUUGCCUACCAUCAAUACUUGAGCUUCUUCUUUUCAAAGCCUUAAAAGUUUGUAAAAUCAAAAAUCCUUUCUCUCCAGCCAUCUCCUUUACUCACUUCUCCUCUUCUUUCUUCUUGAGCCAUGACUAAAGAUGAAGAUUUUAAGCUCCUAAAGAUUCAGACUUAUUCCCUCAAAGUUAGCAUCCAUUGCGAAGGUUGUAACAAGAAAGUCAAGAAACUUCUUCAGAGGAUCGAAGGAGUUUACCACGUAAAGGUAGAAGCAGAGCACCAUAAGGUAACCGUUUCAGGCUCUGUUGACUCGGCCACACUCAUCAACAAGCUCCUGAAAGCCGGCAAGCACGCUGAGCUCUGGUCUCCAAACCCAACCACCAACCCUAACCAACCUCAGAAGCCCAAGGCUAGUGACGUUAUCAAGAACAAUCAAAAGGGUCAAAAGCAAGGCUCCGCGAAAAGUGGUCUUGAAACCUUCAAGCCCAAGAACAAUCCCAAAGGUGCGGCAUGUGUCAAGGAGGAGGAAGAUGAUGACGGCGGCGAGGAAGAAGACGGUGAGGUGCAGCUACCUAAACCGGUGAAUCAGCAGCAACAAAACGUCAAGAAAAACAGUGGAGGAGGAGGGCCAAUGAACAAUGGGAACAACGGAGUCAACGUAUCAAAGAAAGUCAACCAAAAACAGAACAGCCAGAACCAGAACAACAGUCAAGCAAUGGCAGCUGCUAUGCGGAUGAGAAACGCCGCAAAAGUGAACUCCGGUGUAGAAAACAACGAGAUAGGAGCUCUCAUGGGUCUAGCUGGAUUUAACGGCGCAGCAUCAAACGCUGCCGUGAAUCCCCAAAAUGGGAUUCAACAACUUCAACCGCCUCCGUUAAACAACAUCAACAGCGUCGCUAACCACAACAUGAACAAUGGUAACGGAGGAGGCAUGAUGAUGAACAUGAACGGAUACAAUCCAAUGAACAUGCAGAACAGACCAUUGAUGCAUCAUCAUCAGCCUCAACAAAUGAUGUACCAACGACCAGCUUUUGUUCCACCUCCAAGUAAUGGGUAUUACUACAAUUACACCCCUAGUCCUUACACUUAUUAUCCUUAUUACCCUUACCCAUCUGACCAGCACCAGCAAAUUAGUCAUCCAUCUGCAACAAACAUGCCCAGUGAUGAAGACACUAGCAAUAACAGCAGCUGUAACAUCAUGUAAAUGUUGCUUGCGAAGGAAGUUAUCUGUCUACUUCCGGGUUUGAGUAUCUUUUAUUUUGUUUAUGGCUAAUGUGAUAUGUUACUAGUGUUAAUUAUCUCCCUUUUCUUUUAUCAACUAGGCUUAUUUCCUUUUGCGUUUGUCAUGUAAG